UGUAAUGUGCCCGUAUUGUUUUUAUUUUUAAUACCAAUUUGGUAAAUUCCAAACAAAUUGUAUACAGUAUAUUUUGUAAAAGCAGAAGUUAAGAAUUCUCAGUCGCAGCCGCUAGCUAUUUUUGUGUAAUUGUUUGUCAAAAUUUACCUGAUAUAUAUUUCGAAUUAGUUGCUUGGAAAACGCCUGGCAUACGGUGCAAUUGCGACAUAGCGGCUUUGACGAUUCGCAAUCGCAUGAAAAUCAAACAAAAAUCAAAAUAAAACAAGAAGAAAAAAAAAAAACGCACACUUGGCUACACCGGAUUGGAAAACACAGCGCAAAAAUAGUGUGAGAGUGAGAGUGAGAGCAAGGGCGAAUCCGUAUCCGAAACCGAUUCCGAAUGCGAACGCGAAUGCGAUUCGAUUGGCAGAAACGACACAACGAUAGCCAUCGCACAUCGGCACGGCACCGAUUUUCUUCUUCCACCCGCGCCGUUCCCGUUGGCAGCCAGCAGCUAGCCAGCCGUCUGUUUUAAGUAUUUUUGCAGUCAAAAGAAACUAAUUGAACAGCAUUUGCGCCGCAAUUGACAACACGGGCUAAUUACAAUACAGACGGCCGAAAAAAUGUUAAUAAACCUAAAGGUGAAAACUCUAGAUGCUCGCACACACGACUUCAGCAUCGACAAUGAGUUAACCAUACGGCAGUUCAAGGAGCAGAUUGCGGAGAAGACGAACAUCGCCGCGGAGAACCAGCGCAUCAUCUACCAGGGUCGCGUGCUGGCGGAUGACAAGCAGGUCAAGGAAUACGAUGUGGACGGCAAGGUGCUGCACGUCGCCGAGCGUCCGCCGUUCUCGCAGCGCGGCGCCAACGCCACCAACAACGAUGAGCCGAUGCGUGGCUUUCGCGGCAUGCCCGGCCGGCCAACGCCGCGCAAUUUGCGCAAUGCACCAUACUUCCGGGCACUCGAUGGCAUGCUGGUGGGCACCAUGGCCAUACCCGUAAACAACGGACCCUUGACCGCCGCCGGAGCACGGACACCACCGAAUCGCUUUCCGAACUCGUCGUCCUUUUGCAUUAAUCGCAUUACCGUUGCCCAGCACAUGAUCGACUGUGCCAACAAUAUAGCCGCCUAUCUGGAGAAUCCGGAGAUCGGUCUGAACAAUCAGCCGUUGGAUAUACUGCAACGCGGUCACUGGACCAUGGAGUCCACUGUGGUCGAGGUCGGCGUCUCCUCGACGGACUUGCCGCGCAACAAUAACAUCAUCGACAUGGUGCAGGAUGCGGUCACCGCGGCCCUCUCCCGCAAUACGCCCGGCCGCAACUACACCGUAGUGCAGCUGCCCACGGUGUACACCAACGAGGAGGGCGAGCAGCAGCAGCAGCAGCGCUCGACCCAGGCCGGCGGCAGCAGCGAAGGCGCCGCCAGCGGCGCCGUGGCCGGCAGCGAUACCAGCGAGGAGACGACAGCCGCUGCUGCGGUCAUCAUUGAGGAUGUGAUCGAGACUGACGACGAGGCUGCUGAGGGUGCCGGCACGCCGCCAGGCGAGGACGAGCGUUCCAACUCGCCACAAGCAACUGAUGGAGCAGCAGGAUCAGCGCCAGCUACGGCAGGAGCUGCCGAGGACAAUGCCACCAAUGCGGCGGCGGCGGCAGCAGCAGGCAUUGGUCCGCGUCGUCGGACCCGGCCUCAGGUGCUGGCGAGUGUCUUCCAGCGCUAUCGCAGCGUGGAGACGCGCUUGUCGCCCUUCCUGGAUCGCUACUACGAAAUACUGCAGCAGGAUCCCAACUUCGAGGAGCAGGACACGGCUGGCCGCGAGAACGCCCAGCGCAUCUACGAUCGCGUCUCAGAAGCCUUGCACUAUCUGUCCCAUGCCCAGCACGCCAUCUCGGAUCUGAUGCUGGACCUCUCGCAGCCGGGCCCGCGCGUGCUCACCUGCCGGCCCAUACUCGUCGAGCAGAGCGGCUACAUACGCUCGAACAACAUAUUCACGCCCAAUCUGGUGGCCACGCCGCUGGCCGAGCUCAUCGCCCAGGUGCCGCCGGCCCAGGGUGCCGCUUCGACUGCGGCGACAGCUGCAGUUGCCACACAGCAGCCGGAACAGCUGAGCAUGGAACAGCAGCUGGAACUGGACUCAUAUGCGCGCGCUGUCCGAGCGGCCGUUCCCUUGCCACUUGCUGCCGCCGCAGCAGCUCCCGCUCCGGAUCAGUCGCAGAACCCGCCAAGCGAACAGCAGCAAAUGGAUGAGCUCUAUGCACGCGCUUUUGCGUUUCCAAGAGGAACUUCUCUGCCACGUGCCGCCGCAGCUGCCACAACUCCAACACAAUCACAAACUGAGCCGGAGCCUGUCGCUAGCGAUGACGCAAUGGCCGCGGGCGUGGCUGAGGCAGAUGCUGCAGCUGCUGUCGUUGCUGGCCUUUUGACGCGCAACAACGACAACGUCGAGGAUCCCGUGGAUGAGCCCAUGGUGGCGCCAACAAAUGCCGCUGCAGCCGCUGGCGCCCAGCCGCAGCCGCGCUCCGAAGUGGGCGAAAUGGAUCCGCACGUGCAGAUGGCCCGCUUGAUACAGGCCGUGGUUAAUAGCGCCACAAACGAUACGGAUCUGCGUCUGGAGUUCAAUGUGCCCAAUGUGAUGUCCAUCAAUUUGCCGGUGCAUGUGAUGACCGCUGCUGUGCAUCCACAGGGACGCCCAGCAGCUGCCACCGACAGCACUGGAACUGCAACUGCAACUGGCGAUGCGAAUGCAGCAGCAGCUGCCGGUGCAACACCACCAGCUGCUCCCGGUGCUGCUGCUGCCGGUGCGCCUCCAGCCGCUGCAUCCACAUCGAGCGGCACACGCAGCGGCGAGCAGCGGGCAAAUACAUUGCCCACAACGGCCACGCAGACUCGGUCGACGUCCCGGCCGCAGAUACAGAUUGGCGGCAAUAACAAUUGGGCCGGACGCAUUGCGCCCACGCACACCGCAUUCGAUCGCUUUUUGCCCUGCAACAGCCAUCAUAUACGCGAGCCCGAAACGCUGAUCCAGCACAACAACAACAACAAUAACAACAACAGCAACAACAUCAUCAACACGAGCACGAGCAGCAAUCGAAGAUCGGCCGCAGCAGCAGCCGGCAAUGCAGCGGUCAUCGCUAGUCGCUUGCCGCCGCGUAGCCAGAGCGGCACGAGUCUCGCGCGUCCAAUGUCGUCGCGUCGACGUGCCGCCAUCAGCCGUGAGAACCGAAGCGGAAGCGUGCCGGGAAUGGCAACCGUUGCUAAUGCCGCUGGUGGUGGCGGAGGUGGAGGUGGAGGUGGUGGUGGCGGUGGGAGCAGCGGUCCAGCUGCGAGCAGCAAUGCGAGCUACACGCUCAAUCGCCGUGCUCUCCCGCCGAACGUACGGCCCAUGCAAAGAACCAUAUCCAGACUUAUAUCCGCUAUGUUUGACAAUUUUUUGGUAACUAAUAUGAGAAAUCAUGCGCAAACAGCUUUGGCCGGCAAUGUGACCGCCAGCAACAACGCCGCCGGCAACACUGUGGGAGCCAAUCCCACCGUAUCCUUAUCCGCAGCAUCAGCUGCAGACGCUGACCUGUCCGGCACACCGAUUGCCGGCAACAGCGUGACCAGCCUCGGCCCAGUCACAUCAGCGGUACAAGUAGCAGCGGGAGCAGGAGCGGGAACAGCUGGAGGAGCAGCAGCCACUGUUGUGGUCAGGGAGCAGUCGAGCGAUUUGCGUGCCCAGCUGCGCAGCUUUCUGAAUCACAGCGUCUUCGAGGGUGCGCCCAUUAACGAGGAGACGAUGCCCUCGGCCAUUGGCCGCGCCCUGGACUGGUUUGGCGACAGCCUGCUCUAUUUGCCGCAGUACGAGCGGCCGGAAUACAAUUCACGCGAUUCGGUGUGCAACACGCUGCGCCAGAGCCUGCGCCUGGUCAUCGAGCUGUGCUACAGAUCCAACAGCUGCGGCAGCCACUUCGAACAGCAGCUCAAACAGAUCUGCGAGCAGUUCCGCAAGCGACUCUACAGCGUGCUCUUCCUGUGCCUCGGCAGCGUCAAUGCGGAGCUUUAUUGGCGCCAGCUGAUGCGGCUGCUCUGCGUGCCACUGCGCUCAAAUUUCCGCAACGAAGCCUUGCAGUUUCUGUGCAUCUACAUUGAUCCGACAAUACCGGCGCACACGGACACCGCCGAUGCCCAACAGUUCCUGGUGCUGCGCGAUGCUCAGUUAUCGCUGCCCUUAGAUCAGCCUUUUGUGGCGCCGCCGCCGCUUGCAUUUCAUCCACAGCCGCUGCAGCAGCAGCAACAGCAGUCGCCGCCGGCAGCGCAAUCGCUCGAUAGCGACAUUGAAAUGGCCGAGGUGGCCAGCAGCAGCAGCAGCAGCGCCUCAGAACUGGAGCCAGCAUUGCCCGCCGUGACGGUCGGCUCGGAGCCCUGGCACAACAAUUUCCCCAAUGACUGGCUGCCUGUGAUAACGCGGGAUCUGCAGACCCAAGCGGAGCAAAACCGGCCACAGCCGCCGUACUCGGAUGCCUACAUAUCGGGCAUGUCUGCCAAGCGCCGCAAGAUCAUCCAGUCGGAAAAGCCGCCAAAUGUUGAGUGUCUGAUCGCCAGCGGAGUGCAGCGUGCCUUACAGAGCACCGGUCUGAGCGGACCGAACGGACCCGGCGUCAAUACGGCCGUCAAUCCGGAUGUUGUGAUCAAUGCCAUUGCACAUGACGCUGUCGUUCAGUCAUCCUACACAGAGGCCGUGCGCAGCAAUGCCCGGGAACGCCUUAAACAGGACAUCGAUUACAAGCCGGGCAAAUAUCCGCAGAUCGCCAAGUUCACUGAACAGAAGUAGCUGGCGGGUAGGCGGGCGAUUAGUGCUUAGUGCUUUAUUGUAAAUGUUACUUUAACUAAAAUAUUGUAUUUAAUUUAGUUAAUUGGAUAAGUUCUGUUUAAAAGCGGCUCGAUUGCAGCCUGACCAAAAGGCGGUCCAUGCAGUCACAUCAAGUGCUCGGGAAGUGGAUGCUGCUUCGAUUCAAUACAUAUAUAUAUAUAUAUACAUAUAUAUAACUAUAUGUAUAUAUAUAUCUAUAUAUAUAUAUAUUACAAAUACACAUAUAUUAUUAACUGCAAAACUACACGAAAUUGAAGGUCGAAACAUUUUAGGACAACUCUGCAUUAAAGAAGAAAGCUAAAUAAAAGUACAUAAAUAAAUUAA